AUGGGCAAUAACCAGAGCAGUGACAAGUUGGUCGUUAACCAAUACCUGGACGGACAGGGCCCGCCCACACUGGAGCAGGCCGCUUCAAAAGGCCCCCCCAAGGUGAACUGCCAGCCCCCAGGACACAUGACGUGGGUGGUUCUGCACAGAGACCUGCCGGGCUUCUCCAAUGACAACACCCUUCAGGUCAACUUCAGCUUCCCCGCGGGCAUGCAAAUGGAAGGCCACCCCCAUCCGGGUCAACCCUACCCCAGCCUGCGUCUCUGUGCCUACCUGCCUGACAGUCGGGAGGGCCGCAAGGUUCUGGGGCUGCUAGAGAAGGCCUUCCAACAGCAACUCAUCUUCAGUGUGUCCACAGACAUCCACGGAGAGGACGUGGUGUGUCCUGCAGCUGUGCCCCUCAAGACCCAGUCCGAGGGGGGGGCCGCCAUGAACGGUUACCCUGAUGACGACUACCUCAAGACAGUGACGAGAGUCUUGAAGGAGAAGCUCGACCAAUGA